AUGUUAUUUAUCUUGCAGCAGUAUCUAAAACUUGACUUGAGCCUUCAGGGUCUUAGGCAGCCAAGUACAACAAUCGAUUGGAGACUCGUCCUUCUUUUUCUUCCUUUUUUUUUUGCUUUUCUCGCUCAAAUAUUCCAUGCACAUAUUGCAAUAUUGAAUGCUCGGCCUGCGGCGGUACAAGGAGCAGGGAAUCGAGGAAGGACACGCCCCCACUGAGCCUAGGAUAACUGGGAUAUAGACGAUGAUGAU